AUGCCACUUACUGCAGAAUCAAACAUCAUAAAUAAUAAUACAGCAUUGAAAGAAGGGGUAGAUUUAAAUUAUCAAAAUAAUGAUGAUCCUCAUUGCUCAAGCUCAAUAAGUAUAACAAAUAACUGUAACAAUGAUCAUGAAAAUAACUCUGCUGAUGAUUAUGCUCAACAAAUUCAAAAUUUAUUCACAAAAAAUUUAGCAAAAUAUAAUGAUACAGUUUCAACUCCAGUACUCAACAAAUGUUUGGAUAGAUUACAAAAAGUUAAAUCUGUUGCAAUGUGGGAAUCAUUUUUAAGUACUGCUGGAAGUAAAAUACCUCUGCGACAUCGAUCUCGUGCAACAAUUCAUGUUCAGCCAACAACUUUGGCACGAAGGAGAUCUGGAGUUACAAGAGGUAGUAAAAGACUGCCUGUAGGACGCCCAAAAAAUAACGAUCCUCCCAAAAAAAAAAGAAGAAGAAAUUUAGCAGAAAAUGUAGAGAAAAAUAUUCCAAAUGCUAAAUCACAUGGAAUAGGUUAUUAA